AUGGCUGAGUGUGCUGUGCCUGAGUGUGCUGUGCCUGAGUGUGCUAUGGCUGAGUGUGCCGUGGCUGAGUGUGCCCUGACUGAGUGUGCCGUGGCUGAGUGUGCCGUGGCUGAGUGUGCUGUGGCUGAGUGUGCUGUGCCUGAGUGUGCCGUGGCUGACUGUGCUAUGGCUGAGUGUGCUGUGGCUGAGUGUGCUGUGCCUGAGUGUGCCGUGCCUGAGUGUGCCGUGGCUGAGUGUGCUGUGGCUGAGUGUGCCCUGGCUGAGUGUGCCGUGGCUGAGUGUGCUGUGCCUGAGUGUGCCGUGGCUGAGUGUGCUAUGGCUGAGUGUGCCGUGGCUGAGUGUGCUAUGGCUGAGUGUGCCGUGGCUGAGUGUGCCGUGGCUGAGUGUGCCGUGACUGAGUGUGCCGUGACUGAGUGUGCUAUGGCUGAGUGUGCCGUGGCUGAGUGUGCCGUGACUGAGUGUGCCGUGACUGAAUGUGCUGUGGCUGAGUGUGCUGUGACUGAGUGUGCCGUGGCUGAGUGUGCCAUGACUGAGUGUGCCGUGGCUGAGUGUGCCGUGGCUGAGUGUGCUGUGGCUGAGUGUGCUGUACCUGAGUGUGCCGUGGCUGAGUGUGCCAUGGCUGAGUGUGCCGUGGCUGAGUGUGCCCUGACUGAGUGUGCCAUGGCUGAGUGUGCUGUGACUGAGUGUGCCGUGGCUGAGUGUGCCGUGACUGAGUGUGCCGUGGCUGAGUGUGCCCUGGCUGAGUGUGCCGUGACUGAGUGUGCCGUAGCUGAGUGGGCCGUGGCUGAGUGUGCCGUGGCUGAGUGUGCCCUGCCUGAGUGUUCUGUGCUUGAGUGUUCUGUGCUUGAGUGUGCCGUGGCUGAGUGUGCCCUGGCUGAGUGUGCCCUGGCUGAGUAUGCUGUGGCUGAGUGUGCUGUCCCUGAGGGUGCUGUGGUGAUCUUUCAGGUGCCGAGCUCCUGCUGGUUUUGUUGA